GAAUGAUUUUGUGGACUUCGCGGAACUUUGCUUCAAAGAAUUCGGAGACAGAGAAUGAUUUUGUGGACUUCGCUGAACUUUGCUUCAAAGAAUUCGGAGAUAGAGUGAAGCAUUGGAUCACUAUGAAUGAGCCUUAUAUUUUUACAAAUGGUGGCUAUGACUCAGGAAAUUCUGCACCUGGUCGAUGUUCCCCUUGGCAAUCCAAUGCUUGUGCUAACGGAAACUCCGCAACUGAGCCUUAUGUUGUGGCACACCAUUUGCUUCUUUGUCACGCUACCACAGUAAGUCUAUACAAAGAGAAAUACCAAGAAUCUCAAAUGGGAGAGAUAGGAAUAACACUUGUGUCGCAAUGGUUGGUACCAUACUCCAAUAGUGAACUUGAUGUCAAAGCAGCGCAAAGAUACAUUGACUUCAUGUACGGAUGGUUCAUGGAUCCAUUGGUGUAUGGAAAUUAUCCUUCAAUUAUGCGUACAAUUGUGGGAGAAAGGCUACCGAAUUUUACAGCGGAGCAAGCUAAGAUGAUGAAAGGGUCCUUUGACUUCAUAGGACUAAAUUACUACACCUCAAAUUAUGCAGCUCAUCUCCCUGCCGCAAACAAUUUUAAUGUCAGCAGUGCAACAGACCCUCAUGUCCACGUUACAGGUGAAAGAGAUGGAGUACCCAUUGGGGAUCCUACUGCAGUGAGCUUUUUCUUUGACUAUCCAAAAGGACUUCGAGAUCUUCUAGUGUACACGAAGGAAAAGUACAAUGACCCCCCGAUUUAUAUUACAGAGACUGGAAUGGCUGAUCGUAAGAUCGCAAUGAAAGAUGCCAUAAAGGAUCGUCAGAGAGUGAACUUUUAUCGUGGGCACCUUUUGGCAGUUCAAGAAGCCAUAGAGCUCGGUGUGAAGAUUAAUGGUUUCUUUGCUUGGUCAUUUCUUGACACAUUUGAAUGGACUGACGGUUACAAGUUAAGAUUUGGAAUGUGCUAUGUGGAUUACACUGAUGGAUUAAAGAGAUACCCCAAAUAUUCAGCUCUUUGGUUCAGAAAACACUUUCACAAGGAGUCUUUUAAACUUCACUAUCCUAGGCGUAUGAGCUCAUGGAUUCCACGCAUCUUGCGUUCAUACAUGUGAUCUCUAUUUUUCAGUUACUUUACUUCUUUUGUCCUAUUCUUUUUAGGAAUUAAGUCUAAGGUUCUAGUUUGUAGACAUGAUGUAUUUGUUCAUUAUUUUGUGAAAAUGCAACUAUACAGUAGAUGAAUUCUUUGAUUGGAGAUCGUAUGCUCUCAUAUUGUAAUUUCAAACGACAUUGCAUUUUAUAAAAUAGACAAGUCAAUAUUGA